GGUCCAUUUUAACAUGUAUCUCUUUCAAUAGCCAGUUUCUCUCACUAUCUUCCUCAUUGCUCCUUCAGAGUUGACAGAAUGUCAGCAACGCAACACAUCAUUGCUGUGGUGGUUGUCCUCACCACUCUUUUGGGAGUGGAUGGAUCUAAUGGAUAUUACCAAACCCGUGUGAGUCAGUGUCGCUUUAGCUCCUGGGACCUGAAAGAUCUGGAGUACAUUUAUUCCCACUGGUUUAACAAGGUUGAAUACUUACGGUUCAACAGUACGGUGGGGAAGUAUGUAGGAUAUACUCCACAUGGAGUGUAUAAUGCAGAGAGAAAUAACAAUGACACGGCCAUCCUGGCACAGACGCAGGCUGCGAAGGAGAGAUACUGCAGGCCCAAUGCCCAGAAUGAGAUAAAUUACAUACUGACAAAGAAAGUUGAGCCCAUUGUGAAGCUGAGUUUGGGGAAGGCCUCCAGUGGUGGUCAUCCUGCCAUGCUGGUCUGCAGUGCGUACAGCUUCUACCCAAAGAUGAUCAAACUGACCUGGAACAGAGAUGACCAGGAGGUGACCGGUGAUGUGGUAUCCAGUGAGGAGCUGGCGGAUGGAGACUGGUACUACCAGAUCCACUCCCACCUGCAGUUCACCCCCAAAUCUGGAGAGAAGAUCUCCUGUGUGGUGGAGCACGCCAGCCUGAAGGACCCUCUGGAGAUCACCUGGGACUCCUCCACGCCUGAGCCGGAGAGGAACAAGAUUGCCAUCGGGGCAGCUGGUCUGGUGUUGGGCCUCAUCGUCACUGCGGCUGGAUUCAUCUACUACAGGACCAAAGCCAGAGGGCGGAUCUUGGUACCUAAUAACUAGAGACUAUCACAGUGCACUGAACCAGGAUUUAAUCAAGACACCUAUCAAGAGAUCAAUCGUUAUUGGAGACAGUUUGUCAAGAUUGCUGGCUGUGUUUUGCUGUCUGUUUUCCAAACGAAUCCUAAAUUCCUCAAUAUCCAAAGUCCAAUAUACUUUUAAAAAGGAAGAACAUAGAGAACUUCAAUAUUUAUUUCCUACCAUGUUCAAGUCUUGUAAGGACACACUGAUGGUAAUUGAGAUCACAAGGAUAUUUAUAUAAAGUUAUUUCUCCUCCAUACUAGCCUGUGCGUUCCCAUACUCCCUUGCGUGCAAUUUCGUUCACGCUGCUAAGGCAGUCUAUCGCCCUAAUUUUUGCCUGAGAUAGGGGACCAAUCACAGAACAGGGGGGAAAGCAAGACGAUGAUGAGCUAUGCACAGACGCCCGUGGAGCCCAAUGAACGGAUCUGGAAUUUUUUUCAAAUACAAGAAAUUGAAUGUUGGAUUGCCAGACCACGUCUCAUUUGAGAAGUGGUAGGCGCUAGCCAGGCUACCUCCAUACUGUUUCACUGAAUCUUUCUAGAAUCUGUUUAAUUUCAUUAGUGUGACUUUGGCAACCUCUGCAGGACAAUUUUAGUCAUUGUAGUUAUAUUCUCCUAAGAUGAUCUGUAAAUUGUUGUUUAUAUUUGUUUUCUCUUCUGUUAGAUAGAUGCAAUCAAACCACUGUAUGACUAUGCUUUGCUUUAUCCUGAUUAUUUUUUUUUAUUAUUAAUGUUUAAGGGGAGUAAUUCUUUUGAUUCUGGAAGUUCAGUCUGAACUAUAUGAUAUUGUAGGUCUAGUUUCAGAAAAAAACAAAAGGCCUCUAUUCAUCUUUGUGAAAUCAAAUUGUACUUUGGUUGGUUUAAGCAAAUCAUGCUGGUUGAAAUUUUCAUUGUAUUGAGUUUCAGCAUCCAAAUAAAUAGACGGUCACCAUG